AGAUUAUUAAGAUAAAAUAAAUAUUUCCUUUGUAGAAUGGUUGUGAAGGAACACGUGAGCCUUCUACAAUUCUUCAAGUGCCCAACAGAGCACAGGAAGACAUGGGCCCGCCUUCUUCACAGAGAAGGCCUUGAAAUGCUCUCGGAAAACCAGAAAGUGUGCAGUAACCACUUUGUGAUUGGGAGGCCAUCAGUGCAGUACCCACACCCAGCCCUCUACUUGCGCGGAUAUCAUAGCACACCAACCCAAAACCUCUCAGUCAUGGACUCCAUGAGGGGGCCAAUCACUGAGUCUGACGACACCUACAUGCACACCAGAAGAGGUAUUAUUUUAGCAUAAAGUGCAAGUAGAAAAAAUAAAUUGUUGAAAGUACUAAAAAAGACCAUGAUGAGCAAAGAAAUAAAUUGGGUGACAAUGAUGUUUGUUUGUUUGUGUUUGUUUAUUUGCAUAUAAUGUAAAUGCUAAUAUGAUUCAUGCAUCUAGAUAGUGUUUCAAUGCAAUGAUUUGAGAUUUGUAGUGACAACAGAUUCCUGUCUACAUCCCUGAAGUAAUUCUAGUUUGAUUUUUAAAAAUUUCGAUUUCAACUGAUCUCUUGUUGAUGAUUAUAUCAUUCUCGUUUUGAGAUAUUUUCAUUCCUAUUCAAGGAUCAGUGAAACGCAAGCUGCCAAUGGAGAGAGUACAAAAACAAAAAAAAGGCACAAGACAAGAUGAUCCUGAACCCUACAAUGACUUGGGCCGACGUGAUAACACUGAAAAUAUUUCAGAACAUGCUAGCACUGAAUCUGAACAGAGUUGUUGUUACAGUAAUGAUCAUUCCUAUGCUGCGUCUAAGGAAGAGGCACAAUCUCCAGUUCCUGAUUCCUGUGAGUGUGUCAAGACUUGCAAAUUAUGCAAGCGAGCCUAUAAGGACCUGCAACACAGAAAUCAGGAACUCGAGACUGAAGUGAAGGAACUAAAAGAGGAACUAAAAACUGUCAAGGAAAGUGCAAAAAACUCUAAGCAAGUCAGAUAUGACAUUGAACAAAUAAAGGACUCAGAUACCAAAAUGUCACUGCACACAGGUCUAACAUAUGCAAUCUUCAUGUGGGUAUUCAACAUAGUUGCAUCCAAGUUACCAAACCUACAAUAUCACAAGGGUUCAUCCUCUGCCACACCCAAGAGUUAUCAGACGACAAACAAACAAAAACCAGGCCCAAAGCGUUUUUUGACUCCUCAAAAUGAACUGUUAAUGGUUCUCAUGAAGUUGAGACAAAACUUUGUAGAAGACUUCCUGGCCCAUCUUUUCUGCUGUAGUACUACUUUAGUUUCACAAAUUUUGUCAACUUGGUUACCCUUGCUAGCUCUAGAAUUGUCUCCAUUAAUCUACUGGCCCACACAGCAUGAACUCAAGCUUUACUAUCCGGAUUGCUUCAAAAAGUACAAAAAUGUCAGAGCAAUUAUAGAUUGCACGGAAAUUGAGGUUCAAAGGCCAUCACUUGCCAAAGCAAAUGGACAGAUUUUUUCAAACUACAAAAAUAGGCCAACCUUAAAAGUAUUCAUAGCCUGUACACCUGCUGGUACAGUGUCCUUUGUGUCCAAAAGUGCAGGCGGAAAGAUGAGUGACAAGGAAAUUGUUUCCAGGUCGAAUUUAGUUGAGGGUUUUGAUUUUGGUGACACCCUCCUUGCUGACAGGGGUUUCAAUAUACAAGACUUACUGCUGGAUAAGGGGGUUACUUUAGUUAUACCUCCCUUUCUAAAGAAGAAGAACCAGUUUGCAGAAUCAGAGAACAGAAGAACCAAGAGUGUAGCUAAUGCUAGGAUACAUAUAGAGAGAGUUAUUGGUAGGAUCAAACAUUUCAAGGUCAUGAAGGGGCCAAUUCCCCUCAAUAUGAGAGAUCUAUUUGAUAAUGUAGUUAUUGUAGUCUGUGCACUAACAAACUUACAACCAAAGAUUGUUCCCCUGAAAUGCUAAUGUACCUGUAGAAAAUAUUUGAACGAAACAUUGUAGAGUCGAUUCCGAGUCACCUUGAGGGUUUUGAAAUAAUAUUUGUAGUGAGUUUGAACUAUUCUAAGUAAACAGAAAUAAUGUAUUUGAUGUUAGAA